AUGGGUGCCUUGAGCGAAACUUUCACUGUUCUUCGUCACCCUGCUUUUCCUCAGUACAGUACCAGAAUCAGGAAAACGGACUUCUGUGAUACCACUUCUCAAGCAUACUCUGGAUAUGUCGACAUAGAAGUCAGACAUAUCUUCUUCUACUAUUUCGAGAGCAGGAACGAUCCUUCCACAGACGAUGUCAUAAUGUGGAUCAAUGGGGGUCCCGGCGCAUCUGCCUCAAUCGGAUUGAUGAUGGAACUAGGACCCUGUAGCAUCGUCAACGAUACGCACGUCGAGUUCAAUCCGUACUCUUGGAACGCGAACGCGAACGUGCUGUUCGUUGAUCAGCCUGUUGGAGUGGGCUUCUCUUAUGCAGAGUACGGGGAAACUGUGUCAAGCACCCCUGAAGCCGCAAAAGACAUGGCCGCUUUCAUCGCGAUCUUGUUCAAUAGCUUCUCUUCGCUGAAGGGACGUCCGUUCCAUGUUGCAGGAGAAUCUUACGGCGGGCGCUAUACGCCUGUGUUUGCGGCGGAGAUAUACGACCAGAACGCAAAGCUCGUGGAGAUUGGCAUGGAGCCCAUCAAUCUAACAAGCGUCAUGAUAGGAAACGGUGUAACUGACCCGUAUAGCAUGACGCUUUCGUACAACGACUUUUCUUGUUCAGCAGUUUCGGCUCCGCUGACGCCUUUCCUCCCAAUAAGUACAUGCGUACGGAUGGAAAAGGCGGUUCAACGGUGUCAAAGACUGCUAAAAGACAGUUGCAUAGACCAGUAUGACCAGAUAAACUGCCAGGCUGCUCACCAGUUUUGUGAUACUGAGUUGACAGUCCCUAUGUUCUCGAGCGGUCUCAGUGUGUACGACAUUAGAACCGUUUGUGAAGGAGAAGUGACCGAAACAAUAUGUUAUUAUAUUUCCUUAUCCGUUGGGAAAUAUUUGAGCCAAACCUCCAUUCGAGAGUCUCUUGGUGUCGAUGACGCCGUACCCCAGAACUUCAGCACCGUCGGGUGGGCAGUGAACAGAGCCUUCGAAGCCUCAGGAGACGAGUUCCAAUCCUCACAUGACUACAUCGCGGCCCUGCUCGAUCGAGGAGUCCGAGUGCUCGUAUAUGUCGGAAAUUAUGAUGCGAUAGCUAACUGGGUAGGGAAUGAGAGAUGGACGCUAGACAUGGACUGGACUGGCAAAAUAGAAUACGGAAGUCAGACCUUGAGGGAGUGGAUUGUCGGCGGGAGGGCUGCAGGCUUGACGAGAAGUGCGAAGGGACUGACAUUUGCUACUGUAUUUGAAUCGGGACACAUGGUACCGCACGAUAAACCGCAAGAAAGUCUGGCCAUGGUGAAUCGCUGGCUGAGGAACGUCGCUCUCUAG